UUGUCUUUUAACAGCUACCUGAAGUUUCUGGCAGUAAAGUCGUCAUGGCAGACCUGGGCUGCAAAAAACCCAGCGACUGCACCGUCUCCAGGCUACUCAGCGUAGUGGAGAGUGAACUCCGGGCUGGGAGAGACAAAGGCGACCCCACUGAGAAACAGCUCCAGGUUGUCUUAGAGGAUGCGACGCUCUGGCAGAGAUUCAGGGAAGUCACUAAUGAGAUGAUCGUGACCAAGAACGGCAGGCGGAUGUUCCCUGUUUUGAAGAUCAGUGUAUCAGGCUUGGACCCAAACGCCAUGUAUUCCUUCCUGUUGGACUUUGCUCCUACUGAUGGCCACCGCUGGAAGUAUGUCAAUGGAGAAUGGGUGCCAGCUGGGAAGCCAGAGCCACCAAACCACAGCUGUGUCUACAUCCACCCAGACUCUCCCAACUUUGGGGCCCAUUGGAUGAAAGCCGCCAUUUCCUUCAGCAAAGUCAAGCUUACCAACAAGCUCAAUGGGAGUGGGCAGAUAAUGUUGAACUCCCUGCAUAAAUAUGAGCCCCAAGUACACAUAGUUCGCGUAGGAGGCCCCCACCGGAUGGUGAUGAACUGCUCCUUCCCUGAGACGCAGUUCAUAGCUGUGACUGCCUACCAAAAUGAAGAGAUAACAGCUCUCAAAAUCAAGUAUAAUCCCUUUGCCAAAGCCUUCCUGGAUGCAAAAGAAAGAAACCAUCCUAAGGAUGCUCCAGAAACGGUCUCUGAAGGUCAACACAUGACAUACUCUCACUUGGGUGGCUGGUUGAUUUCCAACCCAGAUACAAUGUGUGCACCAGGAAGCUCUAAUUAUCAGUACACAGCACCUUUGUCCCUGCCAGCGUCACACACUCCCCACAGCUGUGAGCGAUAUUCAGCGCUGCGAGGGCAUCGGGCUGCUCCUUAUCCACCUUCUUACAUGCAGAGAAAUCAUUCACCUACAGUGAAUUUGUUGGACAGCUCCAGUAAUAAUCUUCAGGUAUUCUCAGGACAUGACAGCUGGACUUUGCCAUCCUCUCCACAUGCCAAUUUGCUCUCAGUGCCACACACAAAGGGAGCUGCCAGCCCUGGACCCAGCCACUACCCUUGCCUAUGGACGGUGAGCAACAGUGCUGUGAAUGUUGCCAACCCAGGAAGCGAGGUGAACAGCAGCUCUUCAAGCAUGUUUCUAAGGGGUAAUGUCCCCUUACCCACGCAUUCAUCAGUCCAAAUCCCUCUGCAGGGAACAGUGUCUGGCAACAUGGAAACGCAAGGGGAAACCGCUCUAGCCAGACUAGCCGACUCUGCAUGGACAUCCUCACACUCCUUUUAAUGGACAGGCAGCUCAUGGGGGUUGCUCAGCCAAACAAGACGACAUGAAUGGCAAACGGUCUGCUAGAACUGCAGCUCAGAGCGGGGAUGUGUGUGCAGAAAACCAACUCCAUCAAACAUUGCUUUCCAUAAUGUGUCUCUUGUGUGCCAGAGAAGCCAAAAUGCAUAAUGCAAAGGCAGGAAAUGUUAUGGGAACCGGCUUAUUACUGUAACCUUUAUGUAUCAUUCAGGAUGAAGUCAUGAAAGGAUCUUUAUAGUUAGUUUUGCUUCUGUGUCACAUGAAAAUGGUCAAGCAUGGGACUGAGUGAAGGAAACAUGGCAGCUGGAUAUUUACAUGUCAUUUUAAAAGUCCUUUCUUUAACUAAUGGCCAAGUCCAGAGGAAAAUGUGAGCAAGUUCACAACUGGUAAUUUGAAGGGACAGCGCUGCUUUAAAGACUUUCUGAGUUUGUCGCAUAGGUUUUCACAAUACCUGAAACUAAACACGUCAGGGGAUGAAAUUAGCCUGACACCCUAAUGCCGCUUGCAUACAGUAUUCUCUGUCCCCUUCCCUUCUCCAGCUCCUGUUUGCUGUUUGUGUGCUAUAGGGAUAAUGGACACACUCAAGCUGAGAAAGGGGCUGCAUUGUAGCAGCAGGGUAAAGGGCAUCUAGUUUAGUGUUUAUAGUCUGAUGUAACGGUCUUUGAAAUGAAAAGUUCCAAUGUUUUCUAUAUGUGCUAUUUUUGGAAGGGUGGAGGAAAAAGAAUUAGAGAAAAAUAUUCAGCUUGCAUUUCCACUUUGCUUCAGGUAUAGAGUACAAAUAAAAUAUGAAAAAAUGGUG